AUGGACGGCGGCGUGUCGGUCGACAAUGCGGAGGGCAGCAGGCAAGCGGGAAGUGCCCGCACGCCAGAUCUGACCUUGGAAGAUUUGGUGAGUAGCACUCUCUCGGCACCUUUGCUCAUCUGAGGAGGCUCGGGUUUUUGGGAGGCACCCGAAUCACAUGUGCAGUACUCAUGCGGACGUCUCCUACGUGCGUCUCUCUUCCCAGGUUCCCUCGGUCUCUGGAAGCUCAGACACAAGCAUUGGAAGCGGCUCCAGGUCCACCACUUCUUUUGAUCAUAGUACUGGUUCAGCUGUGCGCACGAGCAUUGUAAGUUGCAGACACCGUGUUUGAGACAGAGUCGGAUACUUGCGGGUUGUGGUGACUGUAUGCUGAUCUUGCACUCAAUGCAGCUCCUUCAACAGCCGCCGAGGGUUAGGGAUAAUCAACCCACUCCUCCUCGACGACGUUCAACAGAGGGCACCUUCCUGCCUCAUCGCGAGCUACUAGCUGCUCAAAGGCAGAUUAUUGAAGAGGUCCGCCGUCAUCUGACCUCUACAAUUGCUAGUCACCCAGCUCUUGAUACAGCAGUGCCAGAUGCAGCAGCUGCAAUCUCAAGCAGCUGGAGAGGGGGCUUGCUCGGUGGAACUUGAACUCCAGCUCACAUCAGCUUGCGACAACAAGGAAGGGUUUCUCAGACAAACCACCUCUUCUGCAGCUGCAAGGGAGCAAUGUCAGAAGCCCCACAUUGCUUUGCUGCGCAGGCAGCGCGAUGCGGCCAAAAGCCGCAAAGAGACUGCGGUGACUGCUCUCCGCGUUUGUCAUUCAACCUUGGCCAACACCUUGAGCCAGCUCGAUAGCGGCCAGACGCUGCUAGAGCGCAGUGAUCAUCAAGCUCUUGAUCAUCUCUUGGCGUUCCAGCGCAUCAACAAAGAGUUGUACAACAAGCUGACCUACACGCCUCAGGAGCUCGCAUCGGCGGAAGCAAGUGCACUCUCCCGCUCCGAGUUCAUCGAACUCUAG